AUGGAAGACCCUGUUAAAAUAGAUAUUUCCAAAAUCGAAUAUAAGCAUUAUGAGGGUGAACAUCACUUAGAAUUAAUAAUAGAUAUGAUUAAAGCCGAGUUGUCAGAGCCAUAUCCAAUAUUCACAUACAGGUAUUUUGUGGACAACUGGCCUGAACUAACUUUCCUGGCAUAUUAUCCUCCCACAGGAGAGUACAUUGGCUGAGCAGUCAGUAAGCUUGAACCAAAGAAAGUCAGAGACCCUAUCAUUCAAAGUGAUACUGAUAGAGAAAAGGAUCAGAUCUUCUGCAAAUCUGGCUAUGUCGCCAUGCUUGCAGUACUUCCAAAGUACAGAGGAAACGGCCUUGGCCGUAUCCUCGUAGAGAAAACAGUACAAGCCAUGGAAGAGCAAGAGGCAGAUGAAGUUGUCCUUGAGACUGAAGUCACUAACAAAGCAGCUCUGCAUUUAUACCAAAGUCUAGGCUUCGUAAGGGAGAAGAGGCUACUAAGUUAUUAUCUGAACGGAAAUGACGCUUUCAAGUUGAUUUUGUUCCUGAAGGAAAUCGAGUAG